UAAAUAUAUAUUAAUAAUUAAUACAAUGGAUAGCUUUUAUUAAAAAUAUAUCAUUCCCAAUCAAUCAGAAAAGAAGUAAAAUUCAUCCCCUCCCUCACAAGUUGCUCUUAACAAUAUUUAAGUACUCUUUCAUUAAAACUCUAGUAAUUCUUAGACGAUUACACUCCAUCCAAUCGUAAACUCAGUUUAUCAGAAGAUAGAAUUCAAGAACUGAAAUUUUCACAAUAAUUGUCAUCCCAGAAUAAAUUAAGUCAAGAAUUCUAGUCUGAAUUUCCUAAUUCUUAAGUAACAAUUAUUUCACCUCAAAAUAGAUGAAAUAAACUUAAAUUAGUAUUGAUAUCAAAUAAAAUUAACAUUAAGAGUUUUAAUCCAUUAAAGAUGAUUAGCUUCUUUAAACAAAUACUAUUAUUGAAUCACCUCUAAAGUUGAAUCCAGAUGAUUCACCAAAAAAGAAUAAAUUUAAAGCUUUUGGGAAUUUAUUACUUAGUAUUAGAAGAUUAUAAUAGAACAUAGUUGAACAAAUUUCAAAUGCUGUAUAAUAUAUAAAUCAAAUUGAUAGAAUUAACUUAAAGAAACUAUGAUAAAACCUUCCAAUAUUAAUAAUGUAACUAAAAUCCAUCCAGAACCAUCCUCAAGAGACACUGAUAAUGUUAAUGAAAUUUUAUCCAACUUGAAAUUAAUAGAUAGAUUUAUUUAUUAUUCUGAAUAAGGAUCAUUAAAAGAUAUUUAAAACAUGAAAAAAUUAUUAUAAGUUUAUCCCAAAAAGUAACUUAUUGUAUUAUAAUAGACACUUAUAUUGUCCCACUGAUCCUAAGCAUAUACUAAAUUCUUUCAAUAAAUUUGGAUAAAACUCAUUGUAUAUUUCUUGCAAAAAUGGAAAUCUUGAAGUCAUUAAAUUUUUAUUAGAUUAAUAAGCAAAUCCUUUUAUUAAAAGCAAAGUUUAUGAUAAUUUUUACGAAUCUCCUUUAGAAGUAUCCAUCAGGUGGAAUCAUUUUCAUUGUGUUUAAUUAUUAAUAGAAAAGUCUAACUAUUCAAACAAAGAAUUAAAAGCUGCUGCUCAAUAAACAACAAAUUCUGAAAUCAAAUAACUCAUUAAGCAACAUCUUAAAUCAGAUACUCUUUGUUGUUUUUGA